AUGGAAAGACACGAGUUUGAAAGAGACAGUACAGCGAGAAAAUUCACCAGUUUCAUCUUCCACGAUGAAAAUACUUGUCAACUCUUCGCAAAUGGCAUUCCUCUUCCAGAAAAUCCACACAAAUGGAAAUCGACAGUUUUUCAGCAGAAAUUACUCCAAGAACACAUUCACUUGCUUGGCAAAGAAAUAUAUCGAGAUGAAAUCAAGGAAGAAGAAGGAAAAUGGGACUUGACUUUGCUGGGCUCUGAAUGUGUCCAGGAAGGAGGGGAAGCAAUCGUCUUCGAGAAAUUCUUUAAUCAACGCCCUUUUGCUGUGAGAAUUCAGGCAUUUGACUCUGCGCUUUUCACUGAUCAUUUUUUGGGCGAAGUCAAGCUUGUCUUCAACUUUUCUUCAGGAGAUUACAAGCAAGCAACAAAAAUCAAGACCGACAUUUUCAUGUCGAGAGGGAGAGAAAAAAUGGGAUACGCACGACGAGGAUCGAAGUUUAGACUGGCUCAAUCACUAUAUUCUGGAACUCCUGGCUUUUCCGACUCGAUGCAAAUCAUUGGCAACCAAGGUUACUCGGUCGACAACAUCAUCCGUUUUAUCUUUUGUGAAUGGAAAACUGCCUGGAGUCUUUUAUUUGAUCCUAUUGACGAAGAUGAGAAGGCUCUGCUCGACGAGAUUUUAGAGGAAUGUAACUUGGUAAAAUUCGACAAAGAGGGAAAAGGCUGCGGCAAAGUUGCAGGAAGCUACUGGAAUCGCCUGUAUUUCUACCUCGGGUGA